GAGGUUAAUGCCAUUUGAGGUAUUUGUUUUAUAGUGUAUGGGUAGUUAAUUUAGAAAUUCUCUGUGUAGAAUAAAGUUUUAUGAACGAAAGGGUGGGCUGUAAACUCAGGAAGUGUGUUUGUCUAUGGAAGAGCUGAUGGGAGUUAUCAGUGUUUUCCACUUCACUUUGUGUCUUUUAUAGAUUAUAUCUGCUGAGGUGGUGGUGCUAUCACUCCACUAUUGAUUAGAUUAGAAGACUGGGAAGGACACGCACGCACAAACACACACAGACACACAAAUACUGUAAAAACACCCCUGACCCCCCCAACAGCAACCCACCCAUCCAUGUCACACAUGCCGACACACUCGUACAGAAGCAACUCACACACAUGUCAUUCAAAGAAGUGAGAGAAAAAAGAGGGAGUGAAAUCACCCUUUCACCUCUAUCUGUCCAUCCUAGAUAAGUGUGUGAGAGAAGGGACAGAUAAGUAAUGUGUACCAAAGUGAGAAGUCUUAGUCACAGCUCCUCCCACUUCUCCUUGUUCCAGACCCAAUCAGGUGGGAUUAUUGAUCCUUUAUUCCAGGGAUCUCCCUUGUCAUGUCUUUAAGAAUUAGAUGACGCGGAGUCAGGAAGAUAGGGGGGUGAAAGAGAGAACGACACCACAGUGGGAGCUGGUAAAAAAAGUACAAGGAACCAGGUUGAAACAGGAAUGAAGUAUCUCGCUGCUCCUCAGAGUAAAACUCUGUUAGAUAUGGAAGUAGCCAACUACUGUGAAGGCCUUGAUCCAUCAUACAGCACGCUGGGCUUUGAGAAUGCAGAGGUGCUGUGUGGAAGAGGAGAGAGCAUGCCAACAGAACCGAGCCUGGCCGGUCCGGACGGAGUCAGCAGCAACUGCGCGAUCUGUGGAGACAAAGCCACAGGGAAACACUACGGCGCCUCCAGCUGUGACGGCUGUAAAGGCUUCUUCAGACGCUCCAUACGCAAGAGCCAUGUUUACACAUGCAGGUUCAGCAGGCAGUGCAUUGUGGAUAAAGAUAAGAGGAACCAGUGUCGAUUCUGCAGACUCAACAAAUGUUUCAGGGCUGGGAUGAAAAAAGAAGCCGUGCAGAAUGAGAGAGAUCGGAUCAGCUCGCGAAGAAAUAUCCCCGACUCCCAAGACCUGCCACCCAUUACUAUUCUGGCCCAAGCUGAGUCACUGUCCCAACAAAUCACUGUUCCAGUUGUAUUGUCAGACAUAUCAGAGCAGAAGUCGGCCACUGUUGGCGACAUCUGUGAAUCAAUGAGACAGCAGUUGCUGGUGCUGGUUGAAUGGGCCAAAUAUAUUCCUGCUUUUGGAGAGCUGCCACUGGAUGACCAGGUGAGCUUGCUGAGGGCUCAUGCAGGCGAACACCUCUUGCUCGGGGUCGCUAAAAGGUCAAUGCCAUUCCAGGACUUCUUGCUUUUAGGUAACGGCUGUGUGAUACACAGGAACAGUCCUGAAGCAGAGAUAUGUAGGGUAGCCAACCGCGUGCUGGAUGAGCUGGUCCAUCCUUUUCAGAAUAUCCAAAUAGAUGACAAUGAGUACGCGGCUCUCAAGGCUAUUGUCUUCUUUGAUCCAGAUGCUAAAUCCUUGCGGGACCCUUCGAAGAUCAAGGCCAUCCGUCUGCAGGUCCAGAUGAGUCUGGAAGAUUACAUUAACGACCGUCAGUACGACUCCAGGGGUCGUUUUGGAGAGCUGCUGCUCCUGUUGCCCACCCUCCAGAGCAUCACCUGGCAAAUGAUAGAACAGCUCCAGUUCAUUAAGCUCUGCGGCCUGGCCAAGAUAGACAACCUGCUGCACGAGAUGCUGCUGGGAGGCUUAUCAUCAGAGCCCACACACCUGCACCACCCAGCACACGCCCAGCUGACCCAGGAUCCCAUGACUGGACACACGCUUCUCAUCAGUGCCAUGCCUGUAACACACACUCCACAGAUAGCAGCUUCUCCUGACACUCCAAUCCCAUCGCCCCCACAGGGUCCAGGCCCAGAUAUGUAUAAAGUCUUCCCCCAGUCUCAUUGUCCUCCGGCCAGCCCCUCGUCUUCCUCACAGACAGACCCAUGACUUCUCCCUGCACUCUUCCAAAGCAGCUGACAUAAAGGAUCGGCUUCCUUGCCCUCUAUUCAUCAUC